UCCACUUGUAAAUUGUUUUGUUUAUAUUUAAAAGAGGUCUGAAUUGAUAGAAUUCUUCAUCAAACACCAUGACUGCAACUGCAGCAGCAGCAGCAGCAGCUACAACAACUACAAGUGCCAGUUUCAGUAACCGCAACGCGUACCAUUUCCACUCGAGAGUUCCGUCCAGUUUUCUUGGCACCCUCUCUCUCCCAAAGUCCAGUUGCUACGACUACAUCACCACCAGGCUUCGCGUCCAAAAGAAGCGCCAUAGCUAUCAAUUCCUACUCCCCAGGGCCGAGACUGAGAAAGUUGCAGAGGAUCAUGAGAAUAGUAACGCUGAUAACGAAGCUCAGACCUUCCAACUACAACAACAAAAGCAGCAGCCUCCAGUUUCGAUAAGCUUGGAUGAUGUGAACCCAGUGGGGCUGGGGCGAAGGUCGAGGCAGUUGUUUGAUGAGGUGUGGAGGAAGUUCUCAGGGCUGGGGCAGAUCUCCAGGACCACUCGAGCUGAUGACAAGGACGCCCUCGACGCCCUCCUCAUCAGGGAAGGCCCAAUGUGCGAGUUCGCCAUUCCUGGGGCUCAGAAUACCACCGUUCUCGUCGUUGGAGCCACCAGCCGGAUCGGUCGUAUUGUUGUCCGCAAGCUCAUGCUCAGGGGUUACACUGUCAAGGCUCUAGUGAGGAAGGCGGAUGAGGAAGUGGUGAACAUGCUUCCAAGGUCAGUAGAGGUUGUGAUUGGGGAUGUGGGUGAUCCUUCGACAGUCAAGGCUGCUGUGGAAGGUUGUAACAAAGUAAUCUAUUGUGCUACUGCUCGUUCUGCCAUCACUGGGGAUCUCUUCAGAGUUGAUCACCGAGGGGUUUACAACCUCACCAAAGCAUUUCAGGACUACAACAAUCAACUCGCACAACUGCGAGCAGGAAAAAGCAGCAAAAGCAAGCUUCUGCUUGCAAAGUUUAAAUCUGCAGAUUCAUUGAAUGGGUGGGAAGUUCGUCAGGGAACUUACUUCCAGGAUGUAGUUGCUGCUAAGUAUGAUGGAGGAAUGGAUGCUAAAUUUGAGUACACUGAGACUGGAGAUGCUGUCUUCUCAGGAUAUGUUUUCACUAGAGGAGGGUAUGUUGAACUGUCAAAAAAGCUUCCACUUCCUUUGGGUCGCACUCUUGACAGGUAUGAGGGCCUUGUUCUCUCUGUCGGUGGAAAUGGAAGAUCUUAUAUUUUAAUUCUUGAAGCUGGUCCUUCAGCAGACGCAACUCAAAGCAAAUUGUAUUUUUCAAGAUUUAGUACGAAAGCAGGAUUUUGUAGGGUGAGAGUACCAUUUUCGUCCUUCCGCCCAGUGAAGCCAGAUGAUCCACCAUUAGACCCAUUCCUUGUACAUACAUUAACCAUACGAUUUGAGCCUAGAAGACAGAGACCUAUUGAAGGACCUACAGUAAUGAAGCAAGACCCGAGAAGCUUUAAGCUUAUAUUGGAAUAUAUAAAAGCCACGCCUACUGGGCAAGAAACGGACUUUAUCUUAGUUUCAUGUACAGGAUUAGGAAUAGAACCUACCAGAAGGGAGCAGGUUCUUAAAGCUAAGAGGGCUGGGGAAGAUUCAUUGAGAAGAUCAGGCCUUGGGUACACAAUCAUUCGUCCUGGUCCACUAAAGGAGGAACCUGGUGGUCAACGUGCGCUCAUAUUUGAUCAAGGAAACAGGAUUUCUCAGGGCAUCAGCUGUGCUGACGUGGCUGAUAUUUGUGUGAAGGCACUACAUGAUUCAACCGCAAGAAACAAGAGCUUUGAUGUAUGUUAUGAAUAUGUUGCUGAGCAAGGGAGGGAGCUCUAUGAGCUGGUAGCUCAUUUGCCUGAUAAAGCCAAUAAUUAUUUGACACCGGCACUAUCUGUUUUGGAGAAGAACACUUGAUCAUCCUUUUAGUCCCUUUGUUUGAUAUUUGUGUCUUAAAUAUAUAGUUGUCUUUUCUAAUCAAUGAAGCACAUCUAUUUAUAUUUUCUAACCGUUGGAUUAGAUGAUGGUAACUGCAACUCUCAACAAACUACUCAAGGAUAGUGUACAGCAGGGGAUGUCUGAUCUUGAAAGUCAUUUGUAUUUUGAAUUACUUGUAUCUAUCUUGUAAAUGUGAUACGCUUAGUACAAUUAUAAAUACAACUACUGCACUACGUAUUCUGUAGGCAGUAUCACAUCCAAA